AUGGCUCUCCGAGACAUAACGAGUCUUAGUCUUGAACGCCCUUGGACUCUCAUCGUAGUCCCAAUAAUCUUGGUGAUAUUCGUCGCCAUCAAAAGACGCUACCUCAGCCCCCUAGCCUCCAUCCCCGGCCCGCCCCUCGCCUCGCUCACAACCCUGUGGAAGAUAAACGAGAUAAUAAAAGGACACACCGAGGAAACAAUGCUGCAUCUACACCAGAAGCACGGCCCCUUCGUCCGCAUCGCCCCCAACGAAAUCAGCAUCGGACGCCCCUCCGCCAUUCCAGCCCUCCUGCACACCAAACUCCCCAAGGGAUCCUGGUACGAGGUCUUCAGUAUCCCGGACCACCGCUUCGUGAGCCAAAUGAGCGAGACGGAUCCGGGUAGACACGUAGCGAAAGGGAAGAAUGUGGCGGGUGGGUAUGCGCUGAGUAACAUCAUCAAGAGCGAGAAGUACGUCGACGAGAUCAUCGCCACGCUGAAGGCGCAGCUUGAUGCUGCUGUGACGGAAAGAAAAGAGGUGGGUUUAGACAGGUGGUUCAACUUCUUCGCCUUCGACGUCGUGGGCGAAGUCACAUUUUCGCAGUCGUUCGGGUUCACGAAGGCCGGAAGGGAUAUCGGGAGUGCGAUUGGCAACGCGCGGAAGUUAGCGCUGUAUGUCUCGAUUAUGGGGCAUUAUGUGUGGAUUCACCAUCUCACGCUGGGGAAUCCGGUAUUGAGUCGGCUGGGCUUGAUACCGGCGUCUCAUCUGUUCGAUACGUGCGUUUCUGCUAUAGACGCCCGCAAAAGGAACCCCGAUGCAAGAGACGAUAUGAUGGCGCGGUGGCUGCAUGUGCGGAAUACGCACCCUGAGCGGAUGAGCGAGAACGAGGUUUUUGCGGCGGCGGCGGCGAAUGUUGGGGCUGGGGCGGAGACGGUGAGUGCGAGUCUGCAGGCUUUGGUUUAUUAUCUUCUCAAGACGGAGAGUAGGGGUUUUUUGCGGACGUUGCAGGGGGAACUUGAUGGUGCGCAGGCGGAGGGGAAGUUAUCGGGUGUUGUGCAGUAUGGCGAGGCGAUGGGGUUGGCGUAUUUGCAGGCUUGCAUCAAAGAGGCGUACCGGUACCACGCAUCCAUCGGGACGAAUCUCCCGCGCGUUGUGCCGAAGGGCGGACUUACCAUCGAAGGACAGUAUUUUGAGGAAGGGACCAUCCUAAGCGUGAACCUCUGGGUCAUCCACCGCAACCCCGACAUCUUCGGGCCGGAUGCUAACGACUUCAAUCCGGAGCGUUGGCUGACAGAGGACAAAGAGCGCGCUGCGAAGAUGGAGUACUAUCUCGUCCAUUGGGGAGCCGGAUACAACCAAUGUCCCGGCCGGAACCUGGCGCACUUCGAGAUUAGCAAGCUUGCUGCGACCCUGCUACGGGAUUAUGAAUUUGAAAUGGUUGAUCCGGAGAAGGAGUGGACGUUCAGCAACCACUUUAUUACGACGCCGUGGGGGUGGCCUUGUUGGGUGAGGAGGCGGAGGUUGGAUGAGUAG